GUUGAUUUAAAAAAAGACAUAUGUCGGACGUAUAACACGCUUCACUUGUUAUUGUGCUUCAAAAUAUCUGUAACAUUGUGUUCGUGGUUGUGUUUAAAUGUUGGAAGAAUUUCAAAAUAACCUGCUGGAAUCGCAAAUGUCCAGCAAUUCAUUUCAAAAAAACCUGAGGAAUAAAGGCUUCUGAUAUGGAGUCAACAACCCACAAGAAGUUAAAAAGUCCAAUUUUGAAAACAUCUCCAGGAACUGGGUUUAACCCGAAGACCUCCAUCUCAUGUUCUGAUGUUCCUGAAAGUCUCCUUGAACCGGCUGCAGCUAAGAAGCACUUCAGCAAGUUCGGUAAAGUGCAGAGAAUACGCCUGGUUACCAAGAAGCAAAUGUGCAUUGUUGAAUAUGACCAACCAUCUUCCAUGGAACGAGCGGUGCUUAAUGCUGGGGCGUAUGAUGGCUUUAUGUUUGAUGUCACUCGGUUCAAACCACGAGUAAGAAGGAAGAGUAAACGGGAGGAUGAUCCAGAUUGGGUGCCUGAUUCUGAUGUUGAGGAAGAACUCUCAGCCAUGGGAGGCGGACCCAGCUAUGUAACAAGGCAAAAUCGCAUGGAUGUCUUUCAAGAGGCAGGCACGCCCACUGUACUCUCAAGGGUAAUCACACAUUCACCUUCAAUUAAGGGAGAUUCACCUGUAAGGAAGGGUGAGUCACCAAUGAGAAAGGGUGUUUCACCCAUGAGGAAGAAAGCAUCUAUCCGUGAAAAACCAGUGACAAUGCAACCAAAAAGUGGCAUAGAGUCCCCAGUGAUUGUUACGACAACCCAGACAACCCUUAACACAACAGAAGCUGCUGCUGAACUGCAUCAAUUGCGGUACAAGGUUUCUUCAACCCCCGAUGAGCAGUGGAGGAUAUUGGAUGCUCGAGACAGAAUUUUGAGAGCAUGGGGUGGCGCAGGAGGUCGGAUAAAAGUCGGCGGAGCCACUAUAGGCACAUGUCCUGAUAUGUGCCCAGAAAAAGAACGCCUGCACAGGCAAGCAGAACAUCAGGUAAUGUCACUCGAAACCACUCCGGACUGCGACUACAAACUGGAGACAUGGCGAGCCGUCAAGCAGUACAGCCGGAGCUCCGCCGACCAGGAGAUCCCCAUGUGCUACGAGCUCAGGCCGGCCGUCGUGCUCGAACGGACCUGCGCUUAUCUGCUGUGUGAGAUCGCUGACACUACAAGACAAGUCACUCUCGCUGAUUGGUUCCACUUCAUGUGGGACCGUUUUCGUGGAAUACGAAAAGACAUAACGCAGCAGGCUCUAUGUUGUGCAGAGUCCAUCCGCUUGGUAGAGAUGUGCGCGCGCUUCCACGCGCACUGCGCGGCGCGGCUGGCCGACCUGGAGCACACGCAGUUCGACCAGAAGCUCAACACCGACAACCUCACCAAGUGCCUGCAGACGCUCAAGCACAUGUACGCCGACGUCGGCCCGGAGGACAAACCGAGGGAGGCGGAGUUCCGCGGCUACAUAGCGUUGCUCAACUUGGGAGAUGCCAAUUUUUGGUGGGAGAUAAAGCAGCUGCCAGUGGACAUACAAAAGUCUGGAGCCAUCACAUUUGCCAUGAAAGUAUUUAAUGCGUUGGAUAAUAACAACUACGUCCGGUUUUUCCGUCUUGUCAAAGAAGAAGCGUCAUACCUCCAGGCCUGUAUUCUUCUAAGGUACUUCAACGACGUUCGCGCCAGAGCUUUAGCUAGAAUAGUUAAGGCUUUCGCCCCGAGGGGUGGCUCGCGCUAUCCGGCUGAAGAGUUAAUGAAUGCCCUCGCGUUCGAAUCAGUUGAUAGAAUGAAAGCUUUUGUUAAUCAUUACGGUUUACGCUUUGCCAAAUAUGACGAGGAGUUGACAGUUAUACUCGACAGAAAUCAAUUUAUAGAAGACAGUGACCCCUUUCCAGUCGCGCGUGCCCCACACCUCAUUGAAUCAAAGAGACAAUGUAAAGUGGGCGCAGUUAUCGCGGGAGGACAAGUACCUGUUGUAGACUUUGGAAGAAAUCUUCCAUAUUCAAGCUUUAACAAGGACUGUACUCUUAAAGAGGAAGCUUUAACUGCUCAAGAUCAAGGAUAUAACACCAGCAACGACAGUAAUAAAGAUGUCCAAUCUCUAAGAGCAGAAAUUCAGCGCCUAGCACAAGGUGGCAGAAGUUACGCAAUCACAGAUAGAGGUUCAGAAACAAAGGCAAAUGUUUUUGCUAAGCCUGAAGUAAAACCGCAAAGUCCUGGAAAACCUUUAAAUUUCGGCAGUCCUCAAACCAACAACAAUAGCGGAAGCGGUAAAGCUUUGUUCUCGUUUAAACCGGCUAUACCAGUAGCUCCAGCAGAGAUUAUUAAUAACUCGCCUGAGAAAAGUCCCGGUUUUAUAUUUUCUAAACCCCAAGAAGAUAAUAACAAUUUGUUCAGUAUGCCCGCGGAACCUAGUGGAAAUAAGAAUAUUUUUGGAAAAGCUACUAAUGACACUAAUAAUCUUUUUAAAAGUGCCCAAAAUGCAUUUAAGGAGUCAAAACCCACUGGAACUGUAUUUCAAAAGCCAGAUGUCAAACCUUCUGUUUUUGGUCAAUUAGUUAACGAAAAUAAACAAGACAGAAAAAAGUUGUUUGAUGGGUCUGUAAGUAGCAACUUAUUUUUAAAGAAAGAUGAACCAAGUGCUGUAUUUGGUAACCAGAAUGUGUUAGGAAGUAAAAAUAUAUUUGCAAGUGCCAAAGAUAAUAUUUUUGCCAAGCCUGAUACUGCUGGACAAACUGUAAAAGGAAGUAUAUUUGGUAAACCUUCGAGUCAAACACCGUCAAGUGUAUUUGGUGCACUAAAUGCAAAGGAGAAAGAUGUUAAUAACACGAAAUCGUUAUUUACUGCUAAUGGAGAGUCUCAUGCUAUAUCACCUGGAAGUCUAUUUAAAAGCGCUGUGAAAACUGAACAGAACACAGACGAAAAAUCGUACACUAUAUUCCAAAGUAAAAAUAAAUUCAAUUCAGUAACUCAAAACCUAUUUACUUCAGCUAAUGAACACAAGAACGGCGAAGUAUUUGAUUUCAACGAUGAUGCUCAAAAACAACUUGAAGAACAAAGGCUCCAUGAACAAAAUAUGAAAGAAGAAGAAAUGAGAAGGUUAGAACAAAUACGAAAAGAAGAAGAAUUAAGGCAAGAAUUGAAAAGACAAGAGGAAAAGAGGCGCCAAGAAGAACUUAAAAGACAACAAGAUGAGUUACGGCGCAUUGAAGAAGAACGGAAAGAAAAAGAGCGUAAAGAAGAGGAGAAAAGAAAACAGGAAGAACUAAAGAGACGUUUAGAAGAAGAAGAAAGAAAAAGGGCGGAAGAAGCUAGAAUAGCUGAAUUAAAACGAAAGGCAGAAGAAGAACGAAAAUUUAAAUUAAGAGUUGAUGAAGAAUCCACUGAAAUAACAGAAGAACUUGCUGAUGAGGUCAACAAAGAAACUGUUAUAGAUAUGAUGAAAGAUGAAUUAAGAAAGCUAGAUGAUUUAAUGAAAUUUGCGGACGUUGUGACGGAAGAGAUUGUUACUGAAUUGUGUUCAGAGAUUUGUAAUAGCGAAAUGCUUGCAGAAAAUAUAUGGACGAAUAAAUUGAUGAAGAAAUGGUUUCACAUUUGGCGUAAAAAUUACAUUAGAAACAUAAAAAGGAGGAGUUUGUUAGAAGAUACACCAGUUUGGCUUACAAGUAGGACGCCAAUUCAAGAGGCAUCUUGUCUUAAACGUAUGGUUGAAAAUGCUACUUUAAAGAAUAUGAAUGCUAUCCACAAAGGUUACAAAUUUAGUGGAAAAUUACCACAGCUGCCAACACCUGAAACUCUCAAUCUGAUGGAAAUAAUCAGAUCUCCCCUUCUCAAGCGAAUGAAACAGAUACAUUAUUCGUACGACAAAGGAUUAUUUUGGAAAGUUACUUUAGUAUCUUCUAGUGCUCAAUUUAUGUGCCGAAAAAUCCAUGUUCAAGAUUGGAUAAGAGACUCCUUUAGCGAUAAAAAAGAACAUGAAGUAUCUAGCAGUCUAAUAUAUGUAGGCAAAGAAACCUGGAAUAAGUUAUUAGAUUUUGCAAUAUCUGUAAGUUUGACUGAAAAGGGUGGAAACAGCUGUAAUGAAGCCAUAGAGGGUAGCAAUGGUCUUAUUUUUUACGUCACUGAAAAAGAUGUUGACAUAAUAGCCACUAUUGAAGAUAUUUUAAAGACUAAAUAUCUGUACCAAAUUAUUCCAGUCGCAUUGAUAAUGCCCGAAAAACCGCAUCAUGAAUUAGAACUGUUUUUAUCACAAUGCAUUAAAAACAAGGUAAUCUCUGUUUAUAAAGUAUUUCUUGUGGAUCCAAAUAAUUUAUUUGAUUCACUGAGAAUGACCACAAAAAAUUCAUUAAAGUGGUUGGCUCGAAACUAUCCGCAUGUGCCCCCACUUGAAAUUGAUUAUGUCAAAUCUAUAUGUGAAAGAUAUCUCGGAAAUGAAAUAUGGUUUCAGUUAAGAAGAAUAAAAGACACUCGCUUAGAUGCAGUAAUGAAGGACUUGCCUAAACUAGUCCAAUGUUAUAAUAUUAGUGUGGAAAAAUUGGCUGAAGUUAUUACUGAAGAAGAUCUUUUCAACUACCCAUUGUUUCCAUUAGAGCUGAAAAAAUAUUUGAACUCUGAAACAUUAUACCCAAAACCUUAUGAAUUCAUUACAAGCAAUGCUGCUACUUCGGAAAAUGUAGCUACAGUCAAAAACAUGAUGAAACACUUAAAAUUGCCAACUCCAACAGGAGAGUAUCAGCCAGUUAGUGUCGACAAUAUGCAAGAGCAAAUUUAUACAUACUGCACCGAAAUCGGAUGGUUUCAACACCCAGAAAAGAGCACACGUGAAAUUACCUUAUUUCAACUAUCAGACAUUCUGAGAAUGCCCCAUGAAAAUUUCAAAGUGUACUUUGAACAAUUUGAUUUGGCAAGUUUCCUGAAUUUAAUAGUAUAUGAAAGAAUAUACAGUCUGAAAGACUUUGAUAACCGGUUUGCUAUAUAUGAGAAAUCAAAAUUAGUUGAGUUCCGCAAUGCCCAGUGGUUAUUUGAUUUGGAUAUGAUUUGUAGAUUAAAACACAAAGCAAUAGAAUAUGAAGAUGACGUAGACGAAUUUAUAAAUGUUAAGCGUCGUAAACUUGCUUUAGAAUCAGUUGAGUAUCUCAUGAUUGAAGAUAAAGAUAGUACUAUUGUAGAAGAGAGUAUCAGAGAAGUUGACGAAAAUAUCACAAAAUACACAGAUUGUAAAUACGAAGUUGACAAACUAGAGGAACAAAUUGAAGAAGAAAGAAAAAGGUCUAUGGAUCUGGAGAAGUUACUAAGAAACGCUUUGUUAGAUGCAUAGCAUCAAUGUUGUAUGUUGUAAUAUGAUGUUGUAGUUAUUUGACGUAAGUUAUUAUGAAAAUUGAUUAAAUGAAUUUGAUUUUGUAAA